CCCGUUGAUGCCUCGGUCUUUACAACAUUGUGUCGGUCGCCAUCCCAGAACGGCAUUGACUCAGCUUGCAAUUCGCUCUCCCAGAAAAAAGUCGGCUUACUUUGAAAUGCGAAAGUAUCAUUAUCCCAGAAAAAAGCUGACUUAUCUUGGAAUACAAAUAUGGCGCUAUCCCAAAAACAGAUUGACACACUUUGGAAUGCGAAAGUAUCGUUAUCCACGAAAAGAACCGGAUUCUGGGGAUGAGAAUGUUAUACAUUUUUUUCAACAGCGGGAGGAAAGGGGUCUUUUUGAGCUACUUAUAAACAAUUUUAAAAAAGAUUGGUUUGUCGCCAAAAAGUUGAAAAAGGAGCAUACCGUAAUUAGAAAUAUGGGGCGGCAGUAUAGGCAAAGCUUAGAGAAAGACAAUAGAAAAUAUAUACACGUAUUAGAAAAGCAGAACAAUCUUAUACGAACGUUAAAGGAGGAGAACAAAAAGCACAUACAAAUAUUAGAAAAGAUUGCUGCAAAUUUCACAGAUUUAGUGAAUCGAAAAAGAGAAAAGUUUAAGCAGCAGGAGCGCACGGCAAGAAUCAUAUAUGACAGCAUAUUUGAGCGUGGAUAA